CUGUUUUAUAGGGUUGAAAAAUAUCGACCGAAACUGCUCUCAGAGGUCGUCGGUAAUGAAUUUGCCGUCAGCAGAUUGGCAGCAUUUGCAGAACAGGGCAAUCUUCCGAAUAUCAUCCUUACGACAACCAGCAUCAUCUGUCUUGCUCGGCAACUUUUGGGCCCAGCAUUCAAAACGGCUGUGCUGGAAUUAAAUGCUUCCAACGAUAGAGGCAUCGAUGUGGUUCGAAACAAAGUGAAGAUGUUCGCUCAGCAACGCGUCACUCUGCCCCCGGGCCGACACAAGAUUAUAGUCCUGGACGAAGCGGACAGCAUGACUGAUGGCGCACAGCAAGCAUUGCGCAGGAUUAUGGAAAUUUAUAGCAAUACUACACGUUUCGCCCUCGCUUGCAACCAGUCGGAUAAGAUCAUAGAACCCAUCCAGUCACGAUGCGCGGUGGUUCGAUUUAGCAAGCUCGCUGAUGCUGAAAUUUUGGCGCGGUUGCUAGAAGUGUGCAAAAGUGAAGGAGUGACGUACACGGAUGAAGGUUUAGAGGCCGUGAUCUUUACUGCCCAGGGCGAUAUGCGUUACGCGUUGAACAACUUACAGUCUACGGCUACUGGUUUUGGUAUGGUGACGGCUGAGAACGUCUUUAAAAUUUGUGACGAACCGCACCCGUUUCUUAUCAAAGACAUGUUUGAUCAUUGUGCAAAGUGCAACAUUGACGAGGCGUAUAAAAUUAUUCAUCACCUAGUGAAGCUGGGAUACUCAGCAGAAGACAUCAUACGAAGUAUUUCUCGUGUCUGUAAAACGCAUGACAUCGAUGAGUACCUGAGACUGGGAUACCUCAAGGUGUGUGAUUUUGUUUAAAU